AAGGUCACACUGGAGUGAGUACCAAGCCACCUCCCCCAUCCCAUCUCCAAGACUUUCCUUUCCCACGAAAACAGAGAAAGAGAGAGAAUGAGAGAGAGAGAGAAUGAAGAUCAAAUGGUGCUCAUCUCUCAGCUCUACUCUGGCUUAUACAGUGGUACUCAAGUGGUACCUGCCGCAGCGGAACAGGGAGGGGCGGCGGAGGUGAAGCCGCGGCGGAGGAGGAAGAAGAGAAAUUGUAGAGGAGGAGGAGGAGGAGGAGGAGGAGAAGAAGGCAGCGGAGGAGGUGGAGGUGGAGGGGGUGGUGUGAGGAAGAGGAAACUGAGCGAGGAACAGGUGAGUAUGCUGGAGAUGAAUUUCGGGAAUGAGCAUAAGCUGGAGUCAGAGAGGAAGGAUCGGCUUGCCUCCCAACUGGGGAUGGACCCUCGCCAAGUCUCCGUCUGGUUUCAGAACCGGCGAGCCCGCUGGAAGAGCAAGAAGCUGGAAGAGGAGUACAACAAGUUGAAGUCCCUCCAUGAAUCUGUCCUCCUCGACAAAUGCUGCCUCGAAGCCGAGGUACUGAAGCUGAAGGAAAAGCUGGGCGAAGCUGAGAAGGAAAUAGGGCGGCUAUCGACGUGGAUGCAGCAGGAGAGGAGCACCACUGGGGGCAGCGAUGGCGGCGGAAUUUCAGUAAGCAACGACAGCCCCAUCAGCACUUCGUCGCUCUCGGUGGACGCUGCGGUGGGGGUCGCCGGAGUGGACCCGCUACACUUUCUUAUUGGGGAGCUUGGGGUGGAGGGGAUGGAGAGUAUUUUUUACGUGCCGGAGAAUAAUAAUUACAUUCACGGCAUGGAAUGGGUUAAUCUAUAUGAUAUGUAAUUAUUUAAUCAUAUUAUAUUAUAUAUUAAGUAUUGUUAAUUAUUUUAAAUUAGUUAGCUUGCAUAUAUGUAGAUGGUGAUCAUCCGAUGUAAAUUUUUGUCGCUUUGCUGUUUAAUCAGUGUGUAGUUUACUUUUUUUUUUAAUGUAUAUAAUGCAUUAAUCA